AUGGCCACAGAGGUAGAUUUCCAAAGCCCCUCGGGUUCUCAGGCUUUCCCUACUCCCUCAACAACUCCUCGUCGGAUCCCUUCUAUUCAUAUCCGUCACGAUUCGUCACCCAUUCGCUCGUCGUCAUCUUUGGUCUCCCCUCAGAACUUCCCCCCCGACGGACCGAGUGAUAUGGAUGAUCUUGUGGACGAAGAUGCGUUGUCACCACUGGAUCCGCGAAGGUUCACGCCAACCCUCCAUGCCUCCUUGGUGUCCGAGAUCCUCUCGCUGCGGCGAGAGGUGGAAAACAAAUCCAAAGAGAUCGACAUGCUCGAACGCACCUUGCACGAGUCUCGCGAUGAGAACGAGGGUCUGAAUGAUCGGCUUUCCCGGAGCACCAAGGAAUCCCGUUCCCUGAAGCAUCAGCUGCAGCUGUUGGAAGGUGGCUCUUCCUCUGCUCUGUCCGAGCUGGCAAAGGAGCGUGAUGAAGCCCUAGAGAAUAUCACGGACAUGCGGAGGAAGCUGGACCAGGCCCAGAAGAAGGCUCGUCAUCGAGAAGAGGAGCUGGAGCGAGCGCAGAGCCUCUGGAGCCGGGAAAGGGAUUCCUGGGACGGCGAGCGCCGGAGCCUCGAGCGCAAGGUCCACGUGGUGGAGGGCCGGCUCAAGAUGGUCCUGAGCGAGGUGGCGGCCGCGCAAGCCACGCGCACUGCGACACAAGAUGCCCCGGAUCCAGUUCGACCAUCCACUACCGAGCGUAGUGACUCGACCAGCCUACAUUCCAGCAGUCCCGGCCGCCGCCGGGCCAGCGUCACGAGCAUGAGCUCCGAGGGCGAUGCCGAGUUCCACAAUAUCCGCUACUCGGUCGCCAGCGUGGCCGGCAUCCAUGGAAACAAGCCCAGUGCGGUGAGUCUCGCCCAGGAGUUGGCUUUCGACGAGGAGGAUGAGUUUGAUACUCUGCAUGAUGACAUGAUUCUGGACUCGCCCGAGGCCCUGCCGGAAGAACGACCAAUGUCGGUGCUCUCCCAUGCCUCUCUGGCCAUGAGCUUGAAGGCCAGAAAGAUCCUCGGUCUAUCCAUCGACAGUAGCACUGAUGGACCGGCAUCCACGUUUGACAGGGGCGUAAACAGCCCCGCCAGAGUGUCCUCACCCAGGCUUGGGUAUCGGGACGCUGGGAUACAAUAUUCUCUACCGCCGUCCCCAACACUAUCGGAACACACGCCGGUCGAGCCUGCCGCCGAAGUGUCGCCGCAGCCAUACCAGGGGACUGACAGCAGCACCGCGACCUUGACCAUUGACAUGAAGUCGACCUCAUGUCAAACGAUCGGUGAUCUUCCCAGCCCUCCAUGGACACCGCAGGUCGCUGAGAUUCCCAUACCGCCAGUCACAGACCUGGCCGCAACGGCUUCGGCAUCGACGCAGACGGAUCUAGCAUCGGUUUCGGAGGCGGUAAAAGAAGAGGCUCCGGCACCUACACCUACCAGGCCUGCCCUCUCUGCCAUUGAAGUGCCGAUGAUUGCCAUCCACCCUCCGCGCUCGGAGCCCCCCUCUCCCCGAGGAAGUGUGGUGCUGCCACCUCAGACGAAGAACGUCUCGUGUCAGACCACUUUUGCAUCUCUUGUGGACAAUCGGUCUAUUGCGAUUCAGACCGAGGAGAUCCGCAUCGAUCAGCGGCCAGUCAAACUGCCGGCCAGUCUGCUCCCCUCGGCCAUCCCCGAUUUGCCGCUGAAAGUAUCGCGUGCGCAGAAGACCGUGGACUCCCCCAUCCAGCCGUACCGCCCUCCAUCCCCUAAGCUAAGCAAGGGCGAAACCAAACCUCCUCCCCUCCCAGCCAAGGCACCGUCCAGGAGCAAACCGGUCGCCCCCAUGCAGGCCUAUCCCGGCAACAACGACAAUGGACCCUUGACCGAAGGGUCCAAAUCUGAGCUGAGACGACCCUUCCGCUCGAGCAGUCUGUUUGCGGGCUUUGACGAGGAAGGGAUCGACGGAGAGUCACCCGAAGGGGUCAAAGAUAUCUUCACCGAUGACGAACUGCUGAAUCGGCCGUUCGCUUCUUACCGACUGAGAAGGGGCAAGCUGGUCUCUGCGCUGGAACGGUCGAGCCUGGAGGACCAUGUCCUGGCGGAGCUGACGAGCAGCUGCUUGAUGCCGAGUCUCAUCUGUACGAGCAUCCUGGCGAGGGGGGCAGCAGCACACCAGCGGAGAGCACGCAGCCCCAGCGAGCCGAGUAUCGACAGCGGCAGUGGCCAAGGUGUCCGUCGACCAUCGCUGCGACGCGUGCGGUCCGCCGCGGCCAUGUCACAGUCGGAACAUCUCGAGCGGCCGACGAGUCAAUCGUCUCCGUCCUCGUACGGGCUGGAAAGCCCGCGGUAUCCGCCGCUGCCCUUUGAUGACAUCACGGCGCCCCGGGAUCGGAUGAUGGGCCGGAGACAGUCCUCUCACCGCGCCUCCGUUUCCCGCCCCUUCGCGCAUGAGCGGCAGGACUCGAGCGCGACGACGGCCAUCCAGCCCACCAGCGUGGUCGACGCCAUCGCGCAGACGAUGAUCGGCGAGUGGAUGUACAAGUAUGUGCGUCGGCGGCGCUCCUUUGGGGGCGUCGGCGAGUCUAAGGAGAACUGGGAGGGCAAGAAUGCCGACGAGGUGUCCGCCAGCAUUACCAACAGUGGUGUGCGGCACAAGCGAUGGGUCUGGCUGGCGCCGUACGAGCGAGCCGUGAUGUGGAGCAGCAAGCAGCCGACGAGUGGUCCUGCGCUGCUGGGCAAGAGCGGUCGAAAGUUGAUCAUCCAAUCCGUCCUUGACGUCAAGGACGACAAUCCACUCCCCAAGGGAGCCAGCGUGACCACCGCCUUCAACCGAUCCAUCCUGAUCCUGACGCCGCAACGGGCGCUCAAGUUCACGGCCACCAACAUCGAGCGCCACUAUGUGUGGCUGACGGCGCUGUCCUUCCUGAGCCAUUCGGCAAUGGGCAUCCACGACCUCGCGGCCCUGCCCCCGGUGCCGCAGGCCGAGUUCGAGACGCCCCCACCCAUGGCAUCCCUACGCCGCAACCCGAUCCGCGAUUCCAUCCGCAUCGCCAAGGGUCGACCGCGCCCAAACCUCCGCGGCAAGCGCAGCCGCCAACCCGAACCCGUGCCGGAACUGCCCCCGGCGGCACACGGCCUUGGCAUGGCGGACGGCGAUGCUGACGGCGCCGCCGACCCGCCUACCGUGCCCCGGUUCUCGUCGCACUCGCACUCGCACUCCCGCAAACGCAGCAACACCACCACCACCACCCCGCGCCUCCCCAUCAUGCGCAGCUUCUCCAGCCAGGGCGCCAUGCCCUCCAUCCCGUCGUUACACAGCAUGGCGGUGCGCGGCGGCUCCCCGGACGUCUACCUCCCUAGCCAGGGAGGCGGCUACGGGCCCAGCUACGGCCCGAACAGCGGCCGCAGCAGCUUCAGCCGGCGCACGUCCGAGGCCAGCGGGCCGUCGAGCAUCGGCACGGGCAACUUCUUCGACGCGAUCGGCACGGUGCGCAUGGAGGCCUUCAUUGACCAGACCGACUCGAAUCGGUUCCGUGCGGGGACGCGCACGAGGACGCGCACGGGCACGGGCACGGGCACGGGUACGAGCACAAGCACGAUGGGGUCGCGGUCACGGCACAGCCGCAAGGCUUCGAGUCAAUGGGGGUCGGGCAGCCAGCGGUUCUACGGCGAGUCGGUGCAUGACGGCGAGCAUGAUCCGUUCGGCGGCUUCUGA